GAUGUUAGUUCUUCUCGACGUAAAAGCCGAAAAGCGCAUUUUUCUGCUCCCUCUUCGGUCCGCAGGAAAAUUAUGAGUGCUGCAUUAUCCAAGGAACUUAGAGACAAAUAUAAUACUCGAUCUAUUCCAAUUCGUAAAGAUGAUGAAGUUCGUAUCGUACGUGGUACAUUUAAAGGUCGUGAUGGAAAAGUACUCAGAGUUUAUCGUAAGAGAUGGGUUAUCCACAUUGAUCGCAUCAGUAAGGAAAAAAUAAGCGGUAACACUGUUCCAGUUGGUAUUCAUCCGUCAAAUGUUGUGGUAACUAAGCUAAAGAUUAAUAAGGACAGAAAGAGUCUGCUGGACCGAAAAAACAGAGUUUUAAAAAAAGAUGAAGAUAAAGCUAAGAUUGAAGAAAUGGAUGAAGUAUGA